CAGCUAACUAGCUACACGUCCGUGGUGUCGCAUGAAGACUAGGCGCCCCAUGCACCAUUUCAGCACAUUUGAGAGUUUCCCAAUCCCUCGAUUUGCCUGGAAUAGAUACUGAAAAAACAGCAGAUUUGGUUUUGUACAAAAAAAACCCCGCCUCGUGGGUUAUAGCGCAGCCCGCUAGAAACGUCGGCUAUUCGAGUUAAAGCCACUAUGGACUCGAGAGACACAGCCCCUGAUUCGUGGGAACAGGAGGACGAUGUUGAGGCCACGGCUGAUACCGAGCUUCAGUCCGCCUUCACCGGGCUCAACGUGAACGCUCCGGAAUUCGUACCGUCUUUUCUUUCCCGAGGUCCACCGGAAAACGCCACGUCUGAUGGCACCGAUGCAGUGGCCAGUAUGGAGAUCUCAGAACCAGUGGCUGCAGUGGAGAAUGGAGAGACAGAUGCCGCCGCAGUGGAGACAUGGGAGCAGAAAGGUGAGCCGGAUGAGGAGGAACCGGGAGGUGGAUCCUCAGCGGACACAGGAUUUGGCGGGGAUGAGGCGCAGGAUGAAAUGAUGGAGGAGGAUGAGGAAAUGCCAACACCAAAGCUGCCUCCUCCUCCACCGGAUGCCCCUAAGAAAGAACACGUGAAUGUUGUGUUCAUUGGACAUGUGGAUGCAGGCAAGUCUACAAUUGGUGGACAGAUAAUGUAUCUAACUGGUAUGGUGGAAAAACGAACGCUGGAGAAAUAUGAACGGGAGGCAAAAGAGAAGAACAGAGAGACUUGGUAUCUUUCCUGGGCUCUAGACACAAACCAAGAGGAAAGAGACAAGGGGAAAACUGUAGAAGUUGGAAGAGCCUACUUUGAAACUGAGAAAAAGCACUUUACUAUUCUUGACGCCCCAGGCCAUAAAAGCUUUGUACCCAACAUGAUUGGAGGGGCAUCCCAAGCUGAUUUGGCAGUGCUGGUCAUCUCUGCCAGAAAGGGUGAGUUUGAGACCGGUUUUGAAAAGGGAGGUCAGACAAGAGAGCAUGCCAUGCUGGCUAAAACAGCUGGAGUGAAACAUCUGAUAGUCCUCAUCAACAAAAUGGACGACCCCACUGUGAACUGGAGUUUGGAUAGAUACGAGGAAUGUAAAGAGAAGUUAGUGCCAUUUCUGAAGAAGGUGGGCUUUAAUCCAAAGAAAGACAUUCACUUCAUGCCCUGCUCUGGCCUGACUGGAGCUAACCUGAAAGAAUCUUCUGAGCUUUGCCCUUGGUACACGGGAUUACCAUUCAUUCCACAUCUGGACAGCCUGCCAAACUUCAACAGAUCAAGUGAUGGUCCCAUCCGAUUGCCUAUUGUGGAUAAAUACAAGGACAUGGGCACCGUGGUGCUUGGAAAACUGGAGUCUGGAAGCAUAGCGAAAGCACAACAACUUAUUAUGAUGCCAAAUAGGCACACGGUGGAAGUGUUGAGCCUUCUCUCUGAUGAUGUGGAGACGGAUUACGCUGGACCUGGUGAAAACCUGAAGCUCCGGCUCAAAGGCAUCGAGGAGGAAGAGAUUCUCCCAGGCUUUAUCCUAUGCAAUGCUGAGAACCUCUGCCACUCAGGACGCACUUUUGAUGCCCAGAUCGUCAUUAUCGAACACAAAUCCAUAAUAUGCCCAGGUUACAAUGCUGUAUUACACAUCCAUACCUGCAUAGAAGAAGUGCAGAUAACAGCAUUAAUCUGUCUGGUGGACAAGAAGACUGGAGAAAAAAGCAAGACUCGUCCACGCUUCGUCAAACAAGACCAAGUAUGCAUCGCCCGUCUUAGGGCCGCAGGAACUAUCUGCUUAGAGACUUUUAAAGACUUCCCUCAAAUGGGACGUUUCACCUUGAGAGACGAGGGCAAGACAAUCGCAAUUGGCAAGGUGCUUAAGUUGGUACCUGAGAAGGACUAAAUGCAGAUAGAAGGAGAUCCCUGGUGCACUCUGGGAUUGAGGAGGAUGCAGUGAUGUGUGCCUGCCAGAUGUCCUCCAAACUGCUCCAUCUUCCCACUGUGGAUCAGUCUAAGAAAAUUACUUUGGAAAAAGGACAUUAUCAAAGUGACAGUAUCAAUUUUAGGAAGAACAUUAAUAUAGAAAGACAAGCUAAGUGUGACAGCUUUCUCAUAUUGAGAGCUCAGCUAUGCCACUCAUGUAGCCCAACUUUUAAAGCCAGUUUCUCUCCACUGGUACAUAUUCAAUCUUAAAAUGGAUGCAAUUUUCUUUUAAGGUAUUGGCUUUUUAAGUUCAUGAUCAAUAUGAGAGAGGGAGUCUUGGUAUCAUCUGUUUUGAAAGGUUAAUGCCAUUACUGUGUCCCCCAUUCAAACAUAACGCUCACGUCACCCCCAUUAGAAUGCAGGGUCUCUGGUUGCAUAUCACUUUAUAACAGCAUCAUUGGUGGUUAGAGACUUCUGACUGUUUCAUUAUGGCAUGAAGGGGGUCCAUACAGGGUCUAAGCUUGCCAGCACCCUUGCUCUUUACCUGACAAGUACUGCAAGAGUCGUGAUUGUCAAGAUCAGGCCGUACAAGAGGCCUUGGUCCUUCAAAUAAAAUGACACUUAUGUAGAGAUUUAAUCAUGCACAAGACAAAUGGAUGAAUUUGUUACUGUGAUGUCAUUGCAUAACAAAUGACAAAUGCACCCAUGUGGUUAAAAAAAAAAAAAAAAAAAAAAAAAAAAACUUGUCACAUCAGAUGGUGUAAAUUCUGUACACUCCUGUUGGGGAUGUAAACAUCAAACUUCCAAAAAAUAAAACACUAAAAUGACUUAAAAUGGA